CUCGUAAUUUAUUAUCAAAUUCCAUCACAGUUGAGAAGGAACGGAAAGAAAUCAUAAAAACUUGUCCAACGACUUCAUCUCCUUCCUUGACCGCCAAGAAACCCCAACGUGCAACCUCCAUUGUUAACCGUGAAGAUCCUUAGAAUUCCAUAUUCCAGUACCCAAUAGCGUUAGAUCCAAUCCUCCAUAAUCCCUUUUUAGAGAACAAAAAAGAAAUUUAUUCUCUCUCAAACCCACUCACCAUUUUUAGAGGUCGGUUGCUUUUCGAGUUCAGUCUGUUCUCUUUGAUCCCGAUUAGCCCUUUUUGAACUUCCCCUCAAAAACCCCUUCUUGGGUUGUCUUUUGAUUUUCCAGUUUUACCUUCGAAGCGGGUCCUUCCCAGUUCUUCCAUGGCGUCGCAGGCUGAUUACAUUGAGAAAAUGCAGCUUCGUCAGAAUUACAGAAAUUUCUGGCAUACUGAUCUCACGGGCACCAUUGCUGCCCAUCCACCUUAUUGUUGCUUUUCUAUAUUCUGUGGCCCAUGUGUUUCUUACCUUCUGCGCAAACGAGCUCUUUACGAUGAUAUGUCGAGAUACACUUGCUGUGGUGGCUACAUGCCUUGCAGUGGCAAGUGUGGAGAAAGUCAGUGCCCUGAAGCUUGUCUUUGUACCGAGGUUUUCUGUUGCUUUGCUAAUUCAGUUGCAUCGACGCGUUUCAUGUUGCAAGACGAGUUCAAUAUACAGACAACUGAGUGUGAUAACUGCAUCAUCGGUUUUAUGUUGUGCCUCUCACAACUGGCUUGCAUAUGCUCCAUAAUUGCUUGCUUGCUUGGAAGCGAAGAACUUCAAGAGGCCUCAGAUAUGGUGUCCUGUUUAUCUAAUCUUGUAUACUGCACUGUCUGUGCGUGUAUGCAGACACAACACAAGCUUGAGUUGGAUAAAAGAGAUGGUAAGUUUGGACCCCAACUUGUCAUGGCUGUGCCUCCCACACAGCAGAUGUCUCGGAUCAAUCAGCCGAUUCCUGCUCCAGUUGGAUAUCCUCCUCCUCCUCCGGUAUAUGGACAACCGUUCGGACGCCCGCCCGCUGCUGUUGUUCAAGGCUACCCACCGCCACCCCCUCAUCCGGCUCAAGGGUACCCAGCCCCUCCUCAAUUUCAAGACUAUCCACCACCGGGUUAUCCUCCGCAACCACCUCCGGGUCAAUACAGGUGAUUUGUUCCAUAUUGUUUUCCAUAUGUGAACUAAGAUUUGCAAAUUCAAUGUGUGAACUGUGGUAGCUGUUGCCUAAAUGUCUCUCCCAACAGUAAUGGAACUCUACAUGUGGUUUGCUCCUAUAUAUGUUUCAUUGCUGAAACUUGUAUCUUGAUCUUUUAUGUAUAUUAGUCCUUUCUUGAUGUUCAAGUCUUUAAAAU